AAAAAACGCAUUAAACUUUCAAAACCAGAAAAGCUGUCUCCCUCCGCCUUCUCUCCUCGUCACUCCCAAAGCAUUUCUGAGCGACUCUUUUUUAUCCAAUUAUUUUGGUGGCGAUUCGAGGAGGAAAUCGACAAGAUCUGCUGUUGUUUGUUGUUCUGGAACUUUAUGGAUGUGGGUUCGGUUGGAAAGUAAGGGUGGGUUUAGAUAGAGCCGAGGAACACUGGUUUUUGGGGCUGAUUUCGAGUUUUCUAGGAGUUGUGGAAGAGUGUGAUUGAAGAUGGGUUUGUUGAGUACUUUGAUGGGGUUUACGGGAUUCGGAGUCGGGCUCUCUGCCGGCCUGCUAAUUGGGUACUUCCUCUUCAUCUACUUCCAGCCCACUGAUGUUAAGGACCCUGUUAUUCGACCAUUGGUUGAACAAGAUUCUGGGACAUUGCAGAGACUGCUUCCUGAGAUUCCUCUUUGGGUGAAAAAUCCAGAUUAUGAUCGUAUUGAUUGGCUAAACAAGUUUAUCGAGUAUAUGUGGCCUUAUCUGGACAAGGCAAUAUGCAAGACUGCUAUAAGUAUUGCAAAACCCAUUAUUGCUGAGCAAACUCCGAAGUAUAAGAUUGAUUCUGUUGAAUUUGAGACAUUUACUUUGGGGACUCUUCCACCAACGUUCCAAGGUAUGAAAGUCUAUAUUACUGAUGAGAAGGAGUUGAUUAUGGAACCAUCCGUGAAAUGGGCAGGAAAUCCUAAUGUCACUGUUGCUGUCAAAGCAUUCGGCUUGAAAGCAAACAUUCAGGUGGUGGAUUUGCAAAUAUUUGCUGCGCCACGAAUAACUCUAAAGCCAUUGGUGCCAAGCUUUCCUUGUUUCGCCAAAAUCUGCGUGUCUCUCAUGGAAAAGCCACAUGUGGACUUUGGACUUAAGCUCCUUGGGGCUGAUCUUAUGUCAGUUCCUGGUCUGUACAGGUUCGUUCAGGAGCUUAUCAAAGACCAGGUUGCCAACAUGUAUCUAUGGCCCAGAAUCCUAGAAGUAGCAAUCAUGGAUCCAACUAAAGCCAUGAAGAGGCCUGUAGGAAUCCUUCAUGUGAAGGUUCUGAGGGCAAUGAAACUUAGAAAAAAAGACCUGCUGGGUGGUUCAGACCCUUUUGUAAAGUUAAAGCUCACUGAAGAUAAGGUUCAAUCAAAGAAAACUACGGUUAAGCACAAGAGCCUGAACCCUGAAUGGAAUGAGGAGUUUAACAUGGUUGUUAAAGAUCCGGAGACCCAAGUUUUAGAACUCAAUGUUUAUGAUUGGGAGCAGGUUGGUAAACCUGAAAAGAUGGGCAUGAAUGUAAUUCCUUUGAAAGAACUUUCCCCUGAUGAACCAAAAGUUACUACUUGCAAUCUCCUGAAAAAUAUGAAUCCCGAUGAUGCUGAAAAUGAUAAGUUACGUGGGCAGCUUGUGGUGGAAUUGACAUAUAAACCCUUUAAGGAGGACAACAUUGCAAAUGACAUCGAAGGUGAAAAAGCUCCUGAAGGGGCACCUGCUGGUGGAGGCAUGCUUGUGGUUAUAAUUCACGAAGCACAAGAUGUUGAAGGAAAACAUCACACCAAUCCUUAUGCAAGGAUCAUUUUCAGAGGGGAGGAGAAGAAAACUAAGCAUGUAAAGAAAAAUAGAGAUCCUCGAUGGGAAGAGGAAUUUCAUUUCAUGCUGGAAGAGCCUCCUAUUCACGAUAGGAUUCAUGUGGAAGUUGUGAGCACUUCAUCAAGGAUUGGCCUACUGCAUCCCAAGGAGAUUUUGGGGUACAUCGACAUCAAUCUGUCCGAUGUUGUCAACAACAAAAGGAUCAACGAGAAGUUCCACCUCAUCGACUCGAGGAAUGGGAGGAUACAAAUUGAGCUGCAAUGGAAACCUUCUUCUUAAAGGGGUGUGAUUAUAUUUUCCUGUGCCUGGAACCUCAGCAUUCUGCUAGACGUUGAAGGGGAGGGGAAGCUUUUAUGAAUGGCUGCUGCUGCUGCUGCUGCUGCUGCUUGUUGAUCUCAAGUCAAUUGUGUUUGCUGUUUCUGUACAUUAUUAAUAUCUUCAAGUCUAUACUCAUACCAAAUCUGCUCUGCUUGCGCCUUCAAGUUUCAUUUUGUUUCUAUCUGGAUCUGUUCUAGUUUCAAAAUUUAUAUUCUGAUU